GAAAAGGCAUUUCAUAUUUUACGUAUUCCUCCUUUCCCUGUCUACUCGUACUUCCACUCGCAAUGUUUCCCUCUCGCAUGCAAUUUCUCUCACGCUCUCUGUUCAAGUCUGCAACUUUUUUAUGUUACUUCGAGUGGUUCGCUUCGCUGGGUUUGAUCUAGCUUUCGAGUUUCCUCUACCAAUUCGUUUGGGGAAUGCGAUUUGGAGUAUAGGAACCCGAAGGGCAAGAGUGUCGUCAGGUGGUGAGCUAGUUUAUCAUCAGGGUUACUCUAUAUUUUGUGCCACAAAUGGCACCUACCCCUAGAGCGGCAAAGGCCUUUAAUGCUAUGAAAGUCUUGGGUAUUCCCGAAGAAACUGUGAGGCCUAUCCUGAAAAAUCUAUUGAAGUUGUAUGAUAAAAAAUGGGAACUUAUUGAAGAAGAAAACUACAGAGCUCUUGCAGAUGCCAUAUUUGAAUACGAGGAAACUAAGGCCGCAGAAGGGAAGAAUAAGAGAGCUGAGAAUGUUCAUGGAAUGGAUGAUAUGGCCAAAGAAAGUCUGGUGCAUAAUGAGUCUGAACCUCCAUUUAAAAGGCUGCGUUCAAAACAUCAAGAUAAUCAGGCCUCAUCUUCUUUUGUUAGCUCUUGUUUGACAAUGGGCGAAAGUUCAUCUAGAAAGCUAACACUAGGCACUGGUUCGCCUCAAUGUAGUUCGAGGCAGGAAAGAACAGUUCUCUCUCAUGUGCAUCUUGAAGAUGAAAGAUCUGAACCUGAAUCUGUCUCACCUGAGACACAUCUUAGGGACAAGAGAAAGGAAUAUCCUUCAACUCAACAUUGUCCCAAGCAGGGAGAAGCAGAGCGAUGUCAGCCAUCUUUCCGUGACAGAACUGAAUCUGAUGUCAACUCUCAAAUGCAUCAUAGRAACAAAGGGAAAGAACCUGUUUCACCCCAAAUUUCUCCUAGGAAGAAAAGAUCACUCACUGAAAGCCCGACUCGUUCUAUAUGCCUAAAAGAGCCAAAGGUUGAGCCAGGAAUUAUUCUUUUGCCCAAAGAGAAGCCCAUGCCUGUUUUAAUGAAGCCUAAAAGUGAGCCAUUCACUGAUGACUUGCCAGAGUUUGAAGUUCCAAUUGCUAUCUGUCCACCUGACAAAGGUUUCCUGACAAAUGAAGCUAUCCCAGAUCCUGUACGUAAUGGACAUUCUUUGGUUAGAGAUCAUUCUACUGCAGAAACAGAAAGAUUGGACCCCAUGAUGUCUAAUGUGGAUGCUAUGGACCAAGAUGUUGUUUCAGACCUAGCAUGCAAGACUGGAACAAAUUCUGAACUUACAAAUGUCGACGAGGAAUCUCUUGCUAAUUUUGAAAUUGCUUCGUCACCCUUGGGAGAGGUCAAAAUUUCUCUUAACUGUAGCUCUGCUGUUGGACAUAAAGACUUUCAGAUGCCAAAUUUAGAUACAGUUCUAAAGAUGGUAGAAGAUAAAUGUCUCAAAACUUACCGGAUUACUGAUCCUGGAUUUUCUGUGAUGAACCUGAUGAAGGAAUUGUGCCAGUGCUUUCUGGAAUUGGGUACUAAUUCUGCUGAUGAUGAACAACAAAGAUUAACCAAAAUAACAUCAAAGGAUAAUAUGAAAAAUUCAUUGGGUUCCAAUGGCAACCCUUCCAGCAAUUUUUGUUUGCCAGCAAGUUUUUCAAAUGGAUCUCUAGAUUUGCAUUCUUCUAUUGCAUUUCAUGUACCCCGAAUAUCAGAGCUUCUUGGUCUGAAUGGUUUGGGUGGCCUUAACCAUGUCGUGAAAUGCAACCAGAAGUUUGUUGGGAAUUCUAAUGGUGAAAGGAGUAUGAAGAAAAAUGAACCGAAAGAUCUAGAGUAUUCAAAUUCACGUAGUUUGGUGGUGGUUCAGCAACACCACAUUUCUCUUGAUGAUAUCAGGCCCCUUCAUGAUGUCAAUGACAUAUCCAAGGGUGAAGAAAGAGUCAAAAUAUCAGUUGUAAACGAAAUUAGCAAUGAGAAGUAUCCACCAACCUUUUUUUACAUACCACAGAACAUUGUUUAUCAAAAUGGGUAUGUGAGCUUCUCACUUGCUCGGGUUGCAGAUGAAGAUUGUUGUUCAAGCUGUUUGGGUGACUGUUUGUCAUCAUCCAUACCUUGUGCAUGUGCACAGGAAACUGGAGGGGAGUUUGCCUACACUCUAGAAGGUCUAGUUAAGAAAGAAUUUUUGGAUAAAGCAAUUUCUAUGAACCGUGACCCCCAGCAACAUCGCCUCUUUUAUUGUAAGGAUUGCCCUCUGGAAAGGUCCAAGAAUGAGGAUUUACCUGACCCAUGCAAGGGCCAUCUAGUGAGGAAAUUUAUUAAAGAAUGCUGGAGCAAAUGUGGCUGCAAUAAGCAAUGUGGCAACCGAGUAGUGCAACGUGGCAUAACACGCAACUUACAGGUUUUCUUGACAUCUGAAGAGAAAGGGUGGGGUCUACGUACCCUUGAGGACCUACCGAGAGGUGCUUUUGUAUGUGAAUAUGUUGGGGAAAUUUUAACAAACUUGGAGUUACAUGAGAGAAAUAUGCGAAGCAGCGGCAAUGAGAAACAUACAUACCCAGUAUUAUUAGAUGCUGAUUGGGGCUCAGAAGGGGUCUUAAAAGAUGAAGAAGCAUUAUGUUUAGAUGCUACAUAUUAUGGAAAUGUUGCAAGGUUUGUUAAUCACAGAUGUUUUGAUGCAAACUUGGUUGAGAUCCCUGUGGAAGUGGAGACUCCAGAUCAUCACUACUAUCAUCUUGCCUUUUUCACAACAAGAGAAGUAAAUGCUAUGGAAGAGUUAACUUGGGAUUAUGGAAUUGAUUUUGAUGAUUAUGACCACCCUGUGAAGGCAUUUCAUUGUUGCUGCGGAAGCAAAUUCUGUCGAGACAUAAAGCCUCCAAAGAGAACUAGAUCAAGCUUGUUGGUCUUGAGGUGAUAACAUGUGCAUAUGACAGAAUUAAUGUACCAUAACUAGGGGUGAAGAAGCUAUUAGUUGUGUGAUGCUUCUGUUUCAUUUCUUUUUGCUCAGCCUUCUGGGCUUGUGGAUACGGAUUUUAAGUGGUGUUCGUUUGAUAAAUCUGGUGAAGGGCAUUUUGGGAUUGCUAUGUAGUAUGUACAGCUUUAAUAUUUUGGAUGUGUAUAUCUUGGCAUGCAGGUAUGGCCCAAUUAUACACCCGCUAACAUGUGAAUUACCGAACGGGUAGGAAAGCAGUGACAGUUUGAAGUGGAAAAAAAAAAGCUCUGUAGAAAGCGGUCUGAAAUUCAAAAUUUCCUUGAUUUGUUUUGUUUCUUUUCUUUAUAGAUGAUUGUCAUGCUUAUCUGGUUUGUUAUGUUUUCUGUAAGUUUUAUAUAAUUAACAUUCCGUUGUCUGCUGCAUUUGAACUUGAAGAUUAAUUAGGGGAAUUCAGAAAAGGCUUGGACCAAAGACC